AUGGCAGGCGCGGCGCCCUCCGCCUCCGCGCGCCAGAUAUCCCACACGCACUUCAUCGAGCAGCUCCGCCGCGCCGCCCGCGCCCGCGACGGCGAGGCGCUCCACGCCUGGGCGCUCAAGUCCGGCGCCGCGUCCCACGCGCCCGUCUCCAACUCCCUCAUCACCUUCUACGCCUCCCUCCCGCGGCCGCUCCUCGCCGCGGCCCUGGCCGUCUUCGCGGGCAUCCCCGCCGCCGCCCGCGACAUCGCCUCCUGGAACUCCCUGCUCAACCCGCUCUCGCACCACCACCCGCGCGCCGCGCUCUCCCACUUCCAAUCCAUGCUCUUCUCCUCCUCGCCCGCCAUCCUCCCGUCCCCGCAUUCCUUCGCCGCCGUCUUCACGGCCGCCGCCCGCGCGCGCUCCGCGUCCGCCGGGGCAGCCGCCCACGCCCUCGCUUGCAAGGUCCCCUCGGCUGGCUCCAACGUGUUCGUGUCCACCUCUCUGCUCAACAUGUACUGUAAGCUGGGCCUCGUCCCCGAUGCCCGGAGAGUGUUCGACGAAAUGCCGGUGCGGAACGAGUUCUCUUGGGCCGCUAUGGUGGCAGGCUAUGCUUCCACAAAGUGCUCCGAGGAGGCCUUUGAGAUCUUCCAGCUGAUGCUUGCGGAGUGCCCGUCACAGAAAAACGAGUUUGUGGCCACGGCUGUUCUUAGUGCGGUCAGUGUGCCGUCGGGCUUGCCGAUGGGGGUGCAGCUACAUGGGUUGGCUGUGAAGGAUGGGUUGGUGGUGUUUGUGUCGGUUGAGAACUCGCUCGUCACAAUGUAUGCAAAGGCUGGGUGUAUGGAUGCAGCAUUACAUGUGUUUGCGUCGUCUAAGGAGAGGAACUCCAUCACUUGGUCCGCGAUGAUCACUGGCUACGCGCAGAAUGGGAAUGCAGAAAGCGCAUUUAGAAUGUUCUUGCAGAUGCUUUCUGCGGGGUUUUCACCAACUGAGUUCACUUUGGUUGGGGUGCUCAAUGCGUGUAGUGAUGUGGGAGCAUUGAUGGAAGGAAAGCAGACACAUGGUUUGAUGGUGAAGCUUGGGUUUGAGGCGCAGGUGUAUGUGAAGAGCGCACUGGUGGACAUGUAUGCCAAAUGCGGCUGUAUUACUGAUGCAAAGGAAGGUUUUGAUCAAUUUCAUGAGCUUGACAUUGUCCUUUGGACGGCCAUGGUUGCCGGGCAUGUGCAGAACGGGGAGCAUGAGGAAGCCUUGAGAUUGUAUGCCAGGAUGGACAAGGAGGGCAUCAUUCCGACUAACUUGACUAUAACCAGUGUUCUUAGAGCAUGUGCUGGCCUUGCAGCAUUGGAGCCAGGGAAGCAAUUGCACACGCAAAUCCUCAAGUUCGGAUUUGGUUUGGGGUCUUCUGUCGGAAGUGCCUUGUCUACAAUGUAUUCAAAGUGUGGAAACCUUGACGAUGGCAUGGUUGUAUUCAGAAGGAUGCCUCAUAAGGAUGUUAUUGCAUGGAACUCGAUCAUUUCUGGAUUCUCUCAAAAUGGACGUGGAAAUGAAGCACUUGACCUGUUUGAGGAAAUGAAGCUAGAGGGCACUGCUCCAGAUCAUAUAACAUUCAUUAAUGUGUUAUGUGCUUGUAGUCACAUGGGCCUAGUUGACAGAGGAUGGAUUUACUUUAGGUCAAUGACCAAAGACUAUGGUUUAACUCCUCGGCUGGAUCAUUAUGCUUGCAUGGUUGAUAUUCUUAGCCGAGCAGGGAUGCUAAAUGAAGCAAAAGAUUUCAUAGAGUCCAUUAGUAUUGACCAUGGAACAUGUUUGUGGCGUAUAUUAUUGGGAGCAUGUCGCAGUAUACGGGAUUUUGAUGUCGGAGCAUAUGCUGGUGAGCAGCUGAUGGAGUUAGGUACUGGGGACUCCUCUGCAUAUAUAUUGUUGUCAAACAUCUAUGCUGCCCAGAGAAAAUGGACUGAUGUUGAGCGGGUGAGGCAUUUGAUGAGACAUCGGGGAGUUAGCAAAGAUCCAGGAUGCAGCUGGGUUGAGCUUAACAGCAGAAUUCAUGUGUUUGUUGUUGGGGAGCAGCAACAUCCUGAGGCGGAAAAUAUAAAUACAGAGUUGAGAAGGCUCGCUAAACACAUGAAGGACGAAGGGUACCGUCCAACAUCUAAAUUUUCAUGGGAUGAAGAACUGGAUACAUUGAGAGGAUCUCAUGAAGAAGAUCAAUUCGAGUUGAUAUCGGCAGUUUCUAGCUGA